AGAUGCUCGUAGUUCGUUGUGGCAUGGGUAAUGCUGGGUAAGGUGUGACGAUGUCGGGAAGAGGAGCGUGAAAGUAAAAAAGAUGUUUGACACAACUCUGGCGCUCCUGGAAGGCGUGUGUUACCUGUGGGUCUCACUGGGUGAACCCUUUUGCAUUCCAUUGGGAUGUACUGAAUGGUCUCCGGAUUUCUGCUGCAGCGUACUCCUGCCUCAUCUUGUUGCGAGUAUUUGCUCCGUUACCUUGUACUUGGUCGCCAACCUUCUUGAGCUCUUCCUCCAUUCUGUGUUCAUGCUUUUAAGGUGGUGUUGCAGCAGGAGAGGCCUGUAUUGAAACCAGCCGCGCUUAGCAGAUGGCCGAAUGGAGCUGCGUGUGUGGCUGGAAGGUGGGCCGCAGCGGGUGGUGUGUGGCGUGACCGAAGCCACCACUUGCCAGGAUGUGGUGUACGCACUGGCACAGGCGACCGCACAGACGGGCCGCUUUGCUCUCGUUGAGCGCAGCCGCCGUUCAGAGCGCCCCCUGGCGCCCUCGGACCGGCCGCUACGGCUCCUUGCCCGCUGGGGACGCUGCGCAUCAGACGUCCACUUCCUGUUGAGGCGUUGCGGUCCCACCAGCACGGUGCCCAAGGCUGGCAGCAUGCCACGGGGUGUUGCAGCAGCUGUGCAGGCCCCGUUGGAAAGGCCACGGCAUCCGCCACCAUAUGACGAGGCAGUCACGCGGCUGGCGGCUGGCACGCACCACUUUCUGGCCCCUCGAAGCAAAGAGCCGCCACUCCAAGGCCUGGGCGAGUCUCCCAGCAAGCAGCAACAGCCUGACGACGACUACUCGGAGCUGCUCGGGGUAGUCGGCCUGCAGAGAGAGCGAUUGCACACCACCCACGAAGAAGUGGCCCAAAAGGACACUGAGCCGUGGGAAGGAGCGGAGGCCAGCAGCCCACCUCUGGAAGAGCAGCUGCGCCUGUCACGCCAGGAAGAGCGCACGCUGCGCUCUGAGCUGACCCUGGCACACUCGCAGCUUGCCAACUGUGAGGCACGUCUGCUGCAGUGCCGCCAGCGCCUCUGCCAGCUGGGACACGAGCUUUCGGAGGAGAAAUGCUGUCAAGGUGGGGAAGGAGGAGACGACCUGGCGGAGCAGCUGUCAGAGCGUCGGCGCAUGGUGGCUCAGCUAAGCGAGGAACUGCGAGAGGCAAACCUGGAGGCCCUUGCUUUGGCGGAUGCCGACCACAAGCAUUGGCUUGAGGCUUCUGGUGGGUUUUUCAAUCGACCUGGGAGCACCCGCAAGAUUGUUGGCUCCCCGCGACAGUUGGAAAAUGCAGUGCCCACCAGCAAGAACCCCAACGGUGUCUGGGUCUGACUCCAGCGUGCAGCAGUGCCAAGAGCACUGCUGCACUCUCCACUAGAACAGAAUGUGUGAUCCUGGAAGCCAAGCCAAACAUGGAGGCAGCAUCGCAGUGAAAAUGGUGCUUACUGACUGCUGUGAUCACCUGGUGUGGGCCUAGCUGUGGUUAUUCAUCCAUGGUGGGACCAAACUUUUAGCCUGCUGAUUGUACUCCGCAUUGUGAUGGAGCAUGUCAGGUUGACUAGGUUUUUCCACUCGCCUUAGCAAACCUGUAAUUGCUUUUACUUAGGAUCGAAGCGUCUGUGUGAUGUGUGCAAUGGUGGGGUGCAGAACUUUAAAUGGUUUUAAAGCAGUCUGUGAUAGAACUGCUUUGGCUGUUUGAAAAAGUGUUGCUGCAGUAUGGCCAUUGUACAUGCCUUGGAACAACAGCCCUGAUGAAAAAACAGUGGCAGCGCAAAUCUGGUCAUAUUCACAAACAUGUGGACUCCUAAGGUCUUCCAAGCAUUGCUGACAUGGAUCACAACCGGUUUCGAGAACCGCUGCACAUAGAGUGUGCAUGGCCAGAAGGAGAGCUGACAGCUGAGAUAUCGCCACAAACAAUGCUCAAGCCAGUGUUGACCAACCUUUUACUGUUCCAAGUGUUUGUCAUAUUUUAUGCCUUUUAUUGUUUUUAGCCACCUGAAGCCAUUGUAUAGCAGCUCUGACUGACGCCUACAAAUUGUGGUAGCCAAGGGUGCGUGAUUGGCAAGUGCAAAAGUUAAUUGCAUUGCGUUUUAAAAUGAAAAAAAUAUGGAUAGCGAUGCCGAACGAGCAAGUCCACAGAAAAAUGUCAUUGUACUUCACACUUCUUUCUCCUUUUUAGUACAUCUUGCAUUUUGAUGCACUUACUCCAGCCACUCACUCAUGUACAGUCGACUUUAAUUCGACCCAGACGGUGCCAACUAAACUGAUUGAAUUAAGAAAUUCCAUAUUUUCCUGAUCUAAUUCAAAUGCGUGCCUACUUUCUAUGUGUCUGAAGGAGGAAACUAGCAUAGAAAUGACAUUACAGCUUCAAAACCAAGUAGAAAUCUAACGCUCACCUAAUUCUUUAACAUGAAAAAUGGAUAAGGGUCUAAUAUGUGUUGUACAAUCUCGGAUGGUUUUGGAGAAUCAGCUUUGCUGCAUGGUUUUUCAAAGUCAAGCUUUGCAGCAAUACACCAAUGUUAAAGGGACACUAAAGGUUACCAGAAAGUCAAGUUAAAGUGAUAAAGCAAUGCUCUAGAACAUCUAAGGCGUCAAUAUAAUCGCGAACAGAGCUGUAGUAACCGAGAAAUUGAGGUAAAUGCAUGACACGAUUUGAGACCCCCCAGCGACAUUCCGGUACUAGCCCGAUGACGAAAGCACUCCUCAUCAUAAUUUAUGUCACUAAUACUCAACUACUCAUAUUAAAAAGAUCGUUUCAUUAGAUUAUAAGAUGGAAGAAAAUGCUACUUGUCCCCUUCUAUUCGAUUCUAAGAAAAAACAUUUUGACGUUACCUUUGAGUAGUAUGGGUGAUCGAAAGGUUUUGUUUUCGCUCGACUCUGCGCGCUCGACGUUGCGCCGCGCGCGCUUUGGAGUUUCAGUUGUUUCUUUGUCGCGUCGUGCUGCGGUUGUCCUGCUGGCUCGCUAAACUUGCAUUUGGAACAAGCAGCGAGAAUGCCACGUCCAUGUGAUGUCGUGGGAUGCGCGAACGGUCCUCGGAACUUGGCCAAGGGCAGUUGCAGCGGCGAAUCCAACGUUACUUAUCACUGUGUGCCAACGAGUGAACCUUGCCGUUCGAAGCGGUUAAGUGCCGUACCUCUGCCACAGCGCGCUGGCAAAGAGCCGAAAAAAUCACGUAAUGUGCUCGCUGCACUUUCGUCCAGAGGAUUACGAGUUCAACGCCGACUUACUGAAGUCGCGUGAAGUGCUUUUCAAAGCAGGCCGUCGUCGUCGUAGUAGUACGCAACGACGCCGGCAGCGCCAGCCCUCAACAGCAGGUCACGUUCAUCAGUGCUUAAAUCGCUGAACUCGAGCCCAGCAUCCCGAACUAAUGUGUCGUUGUCAGGGUCAUCCAUUGCAACGAGCGUCGAAGUUGGCGUCAUAAAAUAAAGAACCAGCUUAUCGUCGUGCGCUUUCCCUUCCGCUAGCCACCAUAGUUUCGCUUUCGCGCUGCUGUCGGCUCUGUCUUGGCUCUUUCUGGCCGCGCUUUUGCGUUUUGUGCAGAAAAGCCAUAGCGCCGUCUGCGGGAGCAGUUUUACUCACCGACGACGCAACGUCACUAUGAGACCAUGACAUCAAUACUCCUCGAUUGAGGAGUAUACUCCUCUCGAGGAGAGGUACGCGGACGCUUCAGAACGCAUUUUCUCUUAAAAUAAGUCUCUUCUUCGCACGAAACAAGCGUUUCGAGGUUUCUGGGAUGGUAUUUCAACAGUCCACGUUGACUUAAUACUAACCUUUAGUGUUCCUUUAAGUGGUAAAGCACACAAAUGUUGCGAAGGCAGUGUAGGUUUCGAAUAUGAUGUAGCCGCGCUGGCAAUGUCCGGCCCACUUUGCGAAAAAGCAGGCGCAUUAGAAAUAUGCUAUAAUAAGACAUUGUGAGCUACGGUUCUUGCUUGAAAAUCUUCCUACAGCAGUCUGGAAAUAGGCAUUCCUGAGGGAGACGACAUGUUUAUCGCAUUCACUGUCCCAAGCUCCCGCCAAGACACAUGCUGCCACUAAAGGGGUCACCACAUGGUUCAGGUGCAUGCAUGAUGGUCAUGUUCAAAUUAUUCAGUGCAUGCCAGUUUUAAGAUCGAAAUAACGAAAGUUUGGGCCCGCAGAUAUGCGUGGGUGCCAGCGAGGACCUUUGGUCGGGAUCAAAGUAAUGGACAUCUACCUAUAUGCCGUGGUCACGAGGGCACAAGAAGCAAAACCUAAUUGUGGUUUUUGAAAAGAAUUAAGUUGGUAUCACAAAUCAGAGCAGUUGUAUAACGCAGUUUUAUCGUUCAGCACUGUUAGAUUCAUAUUAUAAUAUUCUUCAUGGGUGUAAAUACAGCAUUGGCACCAAGUUAACAUAAAAGGGAUGAGAAAAUUGGGCAGGGGUGGAAGUCUGUCACGGCAGUUAUGCAAACUAACGAUUAUUGAUGCAGCUGUAUUUGUCAGUUUGGCUAAUGAAAGACUUUGUAUGUGGGUGAUACGUUACUGUGACGAGUGCCUGCACAGCAGGCAUGCAUCAGCACCUGCUAAUAUGUUAUGCUAUUGUGUAUCUGCCACAAAGCCUCCUCACCUGAACUUGCUGCAUUUUUGAGCAUGCAUUGUAUUCGGAGCAUGUUGUGGCAAUGCUGGCAUGCACGAAAGUUUCAGUAAAAAGACAGUUGGACGUGCUUGUUUUUGAGA